GUGUGUGUGUGUGUGUGUGUGUGUGUAUUAGAACGGGAGUUGGCGACAGUAAAACUGUAAUAUAAUGUUUGUGUAGCAAUAACACACAUGACAUAUAUUUGUUACAUUUCUCCAGUACCGAUAAAAAGACCGAUAACGUCGGAGCUUAACGGUACCACGGUCUUUAAUCAUUCAGCCCCGGCGGGCCCCUUUAAUACCGGGGCUCUGUACCCAUCCCUACUCCUGACUGUAAGGGAGCCAGGAGGGACCAUUAAGUGAGAUUCAACCUUUCGUGGUGCCAAUGAGUGACUUUUUUUAACCACGCCUUUCUCUCAUAUUGUAGUUUUAUGUGAGUGCAUUAAUAUUUCAUCUCUUUGAAUCAAGCUGUGUGCAUGUGUGUGUCAGACCUGCUGGCAGAGCAUCUUCAGGAGAUCCGUGCACUGCGGCAGCGUCUGGAGGAGAGCAUCCGCACCAACGACCGCCUCAGGGAGCAGCUGGAGAAGAGGCUGGCAGAGGUGGAGAGAGACCCAGCAGCCACCAACAUCUUCAUCCACGGCAACGAGGAGCAGGGUCAGCUGGCCAAUGAGGUGCGCUUCCUCUGGGGACAAAACCAAACCCUGAAAGAGCAGCUCAGCCUGGGCUCACGAGACAAGCAGAAGGAGAAUGAGAAGCUACGGGAGACUCUGGCCAGGCGCACGGCCAAACUGGAGCAGAGCAGGAGGGAGUGUGAGGCUCUGAGGCAGGAGAACAGCCGCCUGCAGGAGAGGCUGGAGCUCAGCAGCCAGGAGAGCUCCCAGCUGCUGGAGACCCUGCACUUCAGCAAGGAGGAGCUGCACAGGUUUCAGUGUGAAGCAAAGCUCCAGAGGCAGCAGCUGUCUGACUCUCAGCACCUCCUUCAGUCACUACGAGUAGAGCUGCAAGUUUACGAAAAGAUCAAGACUGAAGAUCGUAAACACAACGCUGAACGCAGUGAGGGGUCCCAGGAGCCCGCCCCCCUCCCGCCCUCCGGCUCGCUGGACCUGAGCGAGCUGCUGCUGGAGAUCAGACACCUGCGUCUGCAGCUGGAGAGGAGCAUCCAGACCAACACCGCCCUGAGACAGAGGCUGGAGGAGCAGCUGCUCCGAGGACCCCACCGCUCUGAAACCAUCAACAUCAACUACCUGCUGACCUCCCCAGAUGAAGGAGGCAGGUCACCCGGUCGUGAUGGCUGCGAUCCUCCCCGUCACUCAUUUCAGAGUCACAACGAACACACCAGUGUCCUCCAUGAAGAGAAACGUGGCUCUCACUCGGAGGGGGAGGGGGGCUCGUUCAGCAGCAGCUCUGGGGACAGCGCUCCCUCUCGCCUGGUGCCCGGCCACCGCAUGUGGGCCAAUCGUAGCGGCCGCCAUAUUCUGGGUCUUAUUGAGGACUACAACGCCCUCCGUAAGCAGAUCUCAGAGGGACGGAAGCUGUCGCGCAGCAUGGACGCACACCUGCAGGAGAGCCUGCACACACUCACACAGCAGGGCUCCGACAACAAGGUCGAACAGCAGCAUCUGGAGAGCUUCUCGGGCAGCGUGAACACCAUGCUGCAUGUGAUGGAGGAGGCGGGACGGAUGCUUAAACUGGUGUGGAGGGUCUCUCUGCCAGCAGGGGGCGGGGGCAACAACCAGCAGGAUGAGCUUCUGAAGAAUGAGAUAUCCAGACUGAAGAGCAGGCUGUCCCAGCAGGAGAGGAUGCUGAGCGGAGCGGUGAAGCGCCUCCGAACAACCAACCAGCUCAAAGAGGGGAUGGAGCGAGUCAUCAUCGAUCAGCUGUAUCUAACCCACGGAGUGUUGAAGAAAGCCAGAGGAAAUUUAGAGACAAAUUACUGCUCCCUAAUUGGGCUGAACGGCCUGUCUGGAGGACCAGACGGAGGAGGUCCCAGUGAAUGGCCAGUAGGGGGCGCUGCAGGCCCACACUCUGAGUCCUCAGAGGAGCACAGUAGUGACGCCUCUGUACACUGCAGCUACUAAACCUGCUCUUAUGACGCAGCUUCCUGCCUUUCUGUCCUGCUGUCAAACUGGCACCUUAUCUCCUCUAAGCCUUUUUCUACUUUCACAUGAUGGACCUAGAGAUUUAUUUUAGGCACUGAAGUUGUAAAAUGUUUUUAAAAGAGAGAUCACCUUUGUAAAUAGCCAUUCCUGCAAGUGAAAUAUUUUUUUUCUUUUAUAUGAUGAAAGUGUAUUUUAAUACUGACUUUUUCUUUCUAUCGGCCAGUGUGUAUAGGAUGGUUUGAAACGUGUGUUCAAGGAAUUAUGUACAAGUAAAGAAAGAAACAGUUGUGGUA